AUGUCGUCCAACAUGCAGCACUAUUACUGGGCGGGAGGGCACGGCCUCAUGUUUUUCGCUGGACUGCGCUAUUUAGCGGCCUGGGCCGUCUUCAAGAGCAGCGGAUUGACUUGGUGGUACAGAGCCGCCUUUGCUGGCGCUCUGUUGAGCUAUUUCAUCGUGGUCAAGUCGGUAUUUUUGCAUUAUUCGCCUAUCAUGCGCUCGCUUUUGCUUCUUUCCUCAAAGUCUCUCGGUGUGCCAAAUGGAGGCGCAUGGGCUAGGCGUGCUCUAGCGGACGAAAACUUCCAGUAUUUCGCUCUCUGUAUCUUUUGGUUAAUCUCUAAACCUGUCGGAAUUGCCGUGGUCCCGUUCUGGACAUUCUCUACUUUUCAUGUUGCCACUUUUACCCGCACGACUAUCCUCGUCAAGCUAUUCCCCCCGGCUCCUGGUUCGGGCUCCAAUGUGACAUCGUCACCUCUCGGCAAAGUCAUUCAAUCCUUUGUCAAGAAGUACUAUGAUCCAUCGAUGCGAUUGGUCGCCUAUGUCGAAAUUGCCAUCUUUGCCCGCGUACUCUUUGGUUUGAUCCUGCGCCGAAACCCGCUUUUGAUGCCAAUCUGCUACGGUAUCUUCCUCCGUGCUCGCUAUUACCAGUCCAACUUUACGCGCGAAGCGUUCCAGCAGCUGGACAAGGCUAUUCUCCAGGGCCUCAGCUCUCCCCAAGUAGCUGGCUCUGUUCCACAAGCAAAGGGAUACUACGAUAACUUUAAAGUGUACCUCAACAAGGCUGUCGGGACGACCAUCUUGACGCCUGCAGCGCAGCCUGCCCCCGCUGCUGCUGCUGCGAGUGGUUCAUCAAACACAGCACCCGCGGCGGCUCAGUAA